CCCAUUCCCUCAGUCCCACCCCACCCCCGCCCCGCUCCGGGCCGGGCGCUCCCCGCUGUCCGGUCCCGCACUCUGCGUUCGGCCGGGCUGACAGCUGCGAGGGGAGCGGGGACAGACAUGGGGACACGGAUCCUGCUGCUGUUCUGCUGGGCCCUGCUGGGAGCAGCCAGCGCUGAGCCUCCCAAGGAGCACGACCCCUUUAUCUACGACUAUCAAUCCCUGAGAAUUGGAGGCCUCAUAUUCGCCGUCAUCCUCUUUCUGCUGGGAAUCCUCAUCAUCCUCAGUCGACGCUGCCGUUGCAAAUUUAACCAGCAACAAAGGACUGGUGAGCCAGACGAGGAGGAAGGGCCUCUCCGAAGCUCCAUUCGCCGUUUGUCCACCCGGAUGAGAUAGGCGGGCCCAGAGGCUGGUCUCCCCAAGGCGCAGACCCCUCCCUGGAUAUGAAGAGUGACCCCCUCUUCCCCCGUCCCAUGCUGCAUAGCCGUAGCACUUAGCCUAGACCAGGCCCCCACGCUCUGAUCGCAGCCUGCAGAAUCUGAUCCAGCCAGCAGGGGGCAGUAGGGACACACACACCCAACAGGUCUGAUCCCCUCCAACAGGGGGCAGUAGGGACACACACAAACACACACACACAUUGCGCAGGGCUUGUCCCCUCCAGCAGGGGGCAGUAGGGACAUACACACAUGCGCAGCAGGUCUGAUCCCCUCCAACAGGGGGCAGUAGGGACACAUACACACAAACACAAAUGGCAGGUCUCAUCCCCUCCAACAGGGGACCGCCGAGACACACACACCCACACACAGAGCGCAGGGCUUGUCCCCUCCAACAGGGGGCAGUAGGGACACACACACACACACAGAGCGCAGGGCUUGUCCCCUCCAGCAGGGGGUGGCAGGGAUGGACGGACAGACACACACACUUGGCAGGUCUGAUCUCCUCCAGCAGGGACACACAGAGCAAGGCCUGUCCCCAGCAGCAGGGGGACCCCCCCACACACACUCUAGGGGUGCUGCCUUUGUGGGCUCUGGGCAGCGGUGCCAAGAGCCCUGUGUGUGAGGAGUGCAGGGAGGGGUGACUGGGGGGGGUGGCUAGGGUGACCAGAUGUCCCGAUUUUAUAGGGACAGUCCCGAUUUUGGGUCUUUUUCUUAUAUAGGUUCCUAUUACCCCACAGCCCCGUCCCGAUUUUUCACAUUUGCUGUCUGGUCGCCCUAGGGGUGGCAGUCGGGGUCCCUGUUGAAGUGUCCAUCAUGGGGCUGUGGUGGGAACAGCUGGCUCCCACCCCUGGGUCAGGGCUGAUCCCCUCCAGCAGGGGUCAGUAGAAACCCCCCCAGCCUCUGCAAGUGUCCCUGUGUCCAGCCGGGGGCGCUGUCUGUAGUCGCUGGCCGGAGACGGCUUCCCAAUAAACGCUACCUGCCCCCCA